AUGUCUCACGGCUAUGCCGAAGGCAUCGCACGAGGCUAUCGCAACUCUCUCCUCUCCAGCUCCGUCUUUGCCUCGCUUGCACAGUGCGAGACUCUGGACGACCUCAGAAUGCAACUUUCGACCACGGAUUAUGGCAAUUUUUUGGCCGAUGUGCCUGGUCAGCUCACUACGAGCAUCAUGGCUGAGAGGGCGACCAACAAGAUGGUGGCAGAAUUCGAAUACCUGCGAGGCAACGCGAGCGGAGAUCUGGCUAAAUUCCUAGAUUACUUGACGUGAGCUUUCAAUUCUCGACUCUCGCCCUGAAAGUGUCCCGCUUACCCUCCAAUCCUGCGCAAUCACGUCAGGUACGCGUACAUGAUCGACAACCUUAUCCUUCUCAUCACCGGUACUUUGCAUGAGAGGGACACACACGAGCUGCUUGAGCGAUGUCAUCCACUGGGCUACUUCGAGAGCAUGCCGGCGCUCUGCGUAGCCGGAACGGUAGAGGAGCUUUACAACGCUGCUAUUGUGGAAACACCUUUGGGUGAGUGUCGUCGUGUGCAGCAUGACCAAUGGCAGAGCACUGACAUGCGUCCUCAUCCUGCACCAGCUCCCUACUUCCGCAACUGCCUCUCAGCCGCUGACUUGGACGACUUGAAUAUCGAGAUCAUCCGGAACACGCUCUAUAAGGCUUAUCUGGAAGAUUUCUACCAAUUCUGUGAAGGCCUGGGGUAAGUUUGGCCUGGCCUUGCGAGGCCCUUGAAAUUUAAAGCUGAUGCCUGGCUGUAUGAACUGUAGGGGUCAGACUGCCGAGUCCAUGACCACGCUUCUCUCUUUUGAAGCAGACCGUAGAGUGCUUAACAUCACUUUGAACUCCUUUGGCACCUCGCUCUCAAAGGAAGAGCGAGCUCGACUUUUCCCGUCUGUUGGACGUCUCUAUCCCGCGGGCAACAACAUCCUCGCUCGCGCAGACGAUGUGGAACAAGUCAAAGGAGUAUGUGAAAUGGUGCCAGAAUACAGGAGCUUUCUGGACGGUCCAGGCGCCGGAGGAGAGGCCAAUGCUGAGGGGCUUGAGGACAGGAUGUUCAAGGAGGAGACGAGAUGUGAGCAGAAAGCGUUACGAUGGUGAUGAUCUCCUUGUCGGACCGCGCUGACACCAACGCCGCCUCAAAAGUGAACCGCAUUGAGACCAUCUGCCAAUUUCAGUUCGGAAUCUUCUACAGCUGGCUCAAACUCAAGGAGCAUGAAAUCAGGAGCAUCACUUGGAUUGCGGAAUGCAUUGCGCAGGGUGUGCGAGGUGAGCAGACGUUUCGGCAGUACCCCGCAUUUAUCGAGCACUAA